CGCUAGCGGCGCUUUCUUCUGUUCCGGUCGCGUCGGCCGUCAUUUCCAUUUUUCUUAGUCUAGUUUUUCUGGUAGUGGGUUGUGUAUAUGGCAAAUGAGCAUGUUGGCUAUUAAAUUUAUUCUCGUAAUGGCUGCCACGAUCAAAGUUUAAUCCAUUGGUUAUGUCAUGUAAAAAUAGAUCGUACUGAUGAGUGAUAUACUGAAAAAUUAGUAAUCAGAGUUGCUGGACAAUGGUUGCUAGAACAGUGUUAAACUAAGCACGCUGGACGUUACCCCUUGUGCAAAAAACAGAAACCAUCAUUUGUGCAAAAUCUGAAACUAAAACGAUAUCUAUGCUUCGUAAAAAGCGUUUGUAUCGUAAUAAUUACUAAUAAAAAGCCGAAAUAAUGGAUCCAAGAUCGUCAUCAGCCUUGUUUAAAAGGGCCGAACAAUUAAAAAGAUGGGAGGAGUCGGAUACCAACAAGCAGUCUGCGGUCCCGAAACGCGCUUCAAGGAUACAAUUUUCUCCUGAGAUUGUUUUUCUGGCAGCUUGUACAGCUGGUGAUAAGGAAGAAGUACAGCGAUUGAUAAAACAGGGUGCGGAUAUAAACACAUCUAACGUAGACGGCCUUACAGCUCUGCAUCAGGCUUGCAUCGAUGACAACUUCGACAUGGUACAGUUUUUAGUUGAACAUGGAGCAGAUGUCAAUCGCGGCGAUAAUGAGGGCUGGACCCCAUUACAUGCUACAGCUUCUUGUGGCUUCGCUAGCAUUGCAAGGCAUCUUUUGGAGAAUGGCGCUGAUGUAGCGGCCGUUAAUUAUGACGGGGAGUUGGCUAUUGAUAUCGCUGAUAGUGGUGAAAUGGAAAAGCUUUUAAAGACUGCUAUUGAUGAAAAAGGCGUCGAUUGCGAAAAAUCCCGCAGCGCGGAAGUUAUUAAACUUAGGAAGGAUUCGAAGAACUGGGCAGCAAAUGGUUACUCAGAUGUUCGAGACCCUAAAACUGGAGGAACGCCUCUACAUGUCGCCGCUGCAAAGGGCUAUAUCGAUGUGGCAAAGACGUUAUUAGAGGACUGUAACGUAGAUCCAGAUAGUGUAGAUUACGAAGGAUAUACACCCUUACACGCCGCCGCUCUAUGGGGUCAGAAAGAAGCUGCCUCUAUUUUAUUGAAGUCCGGAGCAGAUCCUCACAUCAAAAAUUAUUCGGGGCAAACAUGCUUAGAACUAGUCGACCCAAGCAUAUCAGAUUGGCUUAAGGAAGAAGCGGAAAAAGCGCCGCAUCGCGUUAAUAAUAAUGUCAAACGCACGCCACAGAAAAACGACGUGAAAUGCGUUGAGCUCCAAAUAAAUAAUUCCGAUAUUGUUAACGAUAAAUCACCGAGCUCCGAGAUAAUCACUAAGAUCGAAGGGAAGCCUCCUAAAGCCCGGCCGCCUUCGCCGGAUCCAACGGAGAAUUCUGAGAUUGUGAUACCCGAUGAGCCGCCAUCUUGGCGCCGAUCGGCUUCAUUCAGGAGCAGACUUCAGGAGAAUACACGUGAAAAUAAACCAACAAAUAACAAUGUUGAUACAGAUCCAGUUCUUCUGCGAAGAACCAACAGCGUUGAGGCUUUCUAUCAACACUACCGUGAAGUGACCGCGCGUAUAAAGGCGACAUCGUGUCCUUCGAUACCACCGGUGCCUCAGAACUCGCCAGCAUCCAUCGAGCUGUUGAAAAAGAAUAAAGAGAUUAACAAUGCUACUAAUGACGACAGUCAGACAAGGGUAAAUGAUAAGAAGGAGCCGGAUACCAAUGCUUUGAUUGUACCAACUACGUCGACUGGUACAGUUACAAAUAACACCUCAACUCGGACGACUGUCAGAAGUGGUACGGAAAGCGUAGAGUCGAACAGUAGCAAUUCAACUCCAAGCUCAGCGACGCCAACCAAACUGUCGCCGGGGAACAUUUUCAAGAACUUCUUCAAGUCGUUCGUUCCGCCGGUUCGUGAUGAUGAGAGUGAAACCCAAAGGAAAGCUCAUGCGAAACGUGUACGCGAGACAAGAAGAUCCACUCAAGGUGUUACUCUUGAUGAGAUUAAGUCAGCUGAACAGUUAGUUAAAAAUAAAACUAACAAUGGUACCGCAGACACAUCGAACGUUACCAAGAAAGAAGAAAACCGUACGGCGCGAGCAUUCGCGGCGGGUGGCGGGGACACGGCCGUUUCGUUAGCGCUUGCGUGCGUCACGGCUGCUGCUACGGCGACAAUUGCGCCCAACAGUGAGCGACACCCGUCUUGGCGACUGCGAUUCGAUCCCAAUAAUAAGUUCGAAUUAGAGGACGCAAAUCUACCUUCACGGUCCACUACAGAAACGGAAGCAACAGUCACCUUACCCCUUCGUCGCCCACCAUCAGAAAAGGAUAUUAACCGCACUGGUAACUCUGUAACACCAACAACAGAAGAAGAGAAAGAUCGCGAAAGUAGUGUUGAAAGUAAAUCGUCGAGCAAUGCGUCGUCAUCGAGCACCCAGGCGGCGCUGAAUGUAAUACAACGUAGACGCCGACCAAAGCGACGUUCUACUGGCGUUGGACAGGAAAUUGUUAACGACCGUGUGGGAGGCACCGAAGCCGACGGUGAAUGGGAAACGUUACAAUCGGGAAGUGAAAGAACUGAGGAGUCAGGCGAAAAAGACUACAAGGCCUUGUACGAAGCUUCGAGGAAGGAAGUAAAACAACUACGAUUACUGCUAUCCACCUCUGAGCAACAACUACGCGAGGCCCGUGCCACCAUCACCAGAUUCACACAAAUGAAUCAAAAUUCAUUGUCGGAGAUGGAGAAGCGCGAAAGAAGGGCAAUGGAAAGGAAAUUGUCUGAAAUGGAAGAGGAGCUUAAGCAAUUGCAAAAGCUAAAAGCCGAGAACGAAAGGCUGAGGGCUGAGAACCGUGCGCUUACUAGGGUCGUAAGCAAAUUGACCAACUCGGCCGCAAAAUAGAAUCAGCAAGCGUUGCAAGCAGAAAAUCAACGAUUGAAAAACGAGAAUGGAGCAUUAAUUCGUGUAAUUAGUAAACUAUCCAAGUGAUAACGUAUUGGAUAGUUUCUUCAGACUAAGAAUGGCGUGGAGUGGUAUUGACAUUUUUUACGUGUAAUUUUGUACUUUUUAUAAUGAUGUGAAAACUAUGCAAACGAUAAGUCUCGAUAAAUUGAAUUUGCAUGUUUUUCUACUUUAUCGAUUUAAUAUUUUCAACAUUUAUACAGUAUUAUAAAAAAAUAACAAUAAAUCAUCCAUCUCCAUUGAAGUGUGAUCAUUUUGCUUUUGUAAGUUUAGAUAUUAUUUCAAAACAAGCCGGCCUAUACUUAUUGCUAUGGAGGAUAACUUAAUUCUGUCCAAAAUUCCACUGCACAUUGUACUUGUACUUCUUACAAUUGUCGAAAAUCGUCAUAAAUUUGUUAUUAAUUAAUUGUAAUUUUAUAUGAAUCUAUUUAGAAUAUACUAUUUAAAGGAGCGGCGGUAAUACUUGUAUUACUAAUGCAUUUAUAUAACGUAGAUGUAAACAAUAGGUAGUCACGAAAUGAUUGGAAAUGUGAUAUAUCGAUUACUAAACUUUUGAACAUAUGAACUUAGAUGUAUUUAGGUGUUUUAGUAUUUUGAAAAUAUAGUAGGAUAAUUAAUUCUUUCUUCUUAUAUUAUUUAAUUGAGAGACUAUUGUCUUGCUUUUUUUUUUACCCUAAACCUUUCAUAUAUUUAUUAACUUUAUUUUUGUAGUUUAAAUAUACAUCACCUAAUAGAAUGUGUUCAACCAUUUUAAAUUAAUUUGACAUAUUUAAUUGCGUCAUGAAAAUAAUGGCACAGUAAACUUAAAGUAUUACCUUUUCAUAAAGACUAAACCAGUCUAACAAUAGUUUUAAAAAUACAAUUUAACUGGCUGACUGGCUUAAUUAUUAUAAAUGUGGUUAAAAUCGAAGUCAUGAAUGGCAAUUUUUACUUAAGCAGGAUUUUAAGAGAUUUUGGCUGCUUUAAUACAUCACACAUGGCAACGAUGGCAGUGGAAAAAUUAAAACAUCGAUACGCACUGUGUCACUGCUUAUUUUUUUAUUAUAUGUUUUCUUAAAAUAAUGGUUUCAAAUUGUGACCCGGCUUUUUUUGUAUUCAUAUCAACAUUAUAAUGAUAAAUAUUAAUCGAAUAAGUAUAGAAUGCCAUAGCUCUUGAAAAGGGUGUUUAUAUUUAGUUUAAGUAAGCAUGUUAGUUUUAAUUGUUAUUAUUAAUGGCCACGUUUUAAUUGUUUUUAUUGUAUUUCCUAGACUACAGUAAUGAACAAUAGUAAUAUUUUCGUGUUAAAUAUAAAAAUGAGUAUGAGAUUUAAUUUUAAAUGACAUUUUAUUACAACCGCUACCUUUAUAUUUAAUUUUUUUUCUAACUUAUUGAUUCGCCAAGUAUAAAUUUAAAGAAACGAAACUUAAACACAUUUCUGAGGGCCUUGAUGUAUUUCUGUCAAAACACGCAAAGGUUUUGGGAACAUGGUCAUUAAGUUUUUUUCUUAUUCCUACAACUAAAUACAAUAAUUGUAAAUAUUUGAUUUAUGAAAUAAGGAUUUUAUUUAUUUAACUCAUUCUUAUAUUAUCAACGUUGGUCAGUCUAUAAAUUAUAUUUAAAAUAGGGAACUCGCUUCGAAAAUUGACAUUACAAAAUAUAUUUAUUGUUAUUAUAGAAGUAUUAAGAUGUUUAUUAAUAUUUUAUUUAGAUCUCUAGUAUGUUUCCUUGCCAUUUCCCUAUUUUAAAACAUUCAAUGAACAUACAAGUUGAGUUUUGAUAAGCAAUUGAAUAUGGUUAAAAUUAUUUUAUUAUUAUCAUUUAUAUUAUUUUAUUAUCACUUUUUUAUCAAACUGAAAAAGUGAAAGUUUCAUGGACUUGGUUUCUAGACUUGGAAACUCUCUAAGUUCGUUGUGCAUAAGGUAAUUGUUGUUUUUCCAUAGAUCUGUAUGUAUGUAGAAAUAGUUUAACGUAAUGUCAACGUGCUUAUAUUGAUUGUUUUGUCAUUUAUCUCUUCUGAUGUCGUUAAACUCAACUUGUAUGAGAUUAUGUAUUUUUUUUGUUCAAUAAAUAUGCCAAGUUCUUUAGAUAUAAGUUACAUGAUUUACUUAACGGCUAAAUAAAUUUUUAUCACAAAGUUAAACAUUAAACCCUCCUAUAUGUGUAAAGCCUUUGUAGAGAACGUUAAUCGAAGAAGUUAAAAUAAAGAUAUUGAUUUCUGAA